UAUAAUUCAUUGGUUAACUCGUUACCGCUCAGUGCUUUACUUACUCUGGUUAAGUCAGUUUGGUGUGGUUGUGUGCGUUUUGUGGAAAUCCGCGCAUCCGACACGAAUAUUUUCCGAGUGGAUAUUUUUUUUUUCGAAACGAAGCGCAGAAAACGAAAGUGACAUACGAAACGCGUCAUCGGCGGUCUUCCGAAAGAAAGUGGUCGUGCGAGUUUUACGUUAUAGUGUUGUGCGUCCUUUGAAGACGUACCCUCUGGCUUUGGACGCGUUUCCUUCGCCCAGCCGUCGCGAUGAAGACGAAAAAUAAAUUGGACGAUGGUAAGACGACCACCCAGCAGUUGAUCAUAUCGGAACAGCAGAACAACAACAACGGUUUGACUGCGAAACCGCCCGCGCCAGUUGAUAAGAAAAAGUUGGAAAAACUGGAGAAGGAGAAAGAGAAGGAACGUAAAAAAGCCGAGAAGAACCUGAAAAAAGGUAAAACGUUAUGCCAGGCCUGCAAAAAAAAGUGUUCAGGAGAGGUGCUAAGGGUGCAGGACAAAUACUUCCACACGCAGUGUUUCAAGUGCAAAGUUUGCGGCAAUUCUUUAGCUCAGGGAGGAUUUUUCUCAAAGGACGGUUUCUAUUAUUGCACCGCCGACUACCAAAGGCAUUUCGGUACAAAAUGCGCUUCUUGCCAAGAUUACGUUGAAGGAGAGGUUGUGACAGCUCUUGGAAAAACGUACCAUCAGAAAUGUUUCACUUGUGAUAGAUGCCGACAACCCUUUCCUUCAGGCGAUAAAGUAACCUAUACCGGCAAAGAGGUGCUUUGCCAAAAAUGUGUUCACAUACCUAUCAGAGAUGGAACUCCUAGUGUGAGUCCCACCACAAAUAAUCCAAAUGAGCCUACUGCCUAUAACUUGACAAAUUCUGUUAUAGAAUGUGCCGGCUGCCAGAAGGAGCUCAAGGAGGGGCAAGCUCUGGUAGCCCUAGAAAGACAAUGGCACAUAUGGUGCUUCAAAUGCGGCGUAUGCGACGCCGUGCUGCACGGAGAGUACAUGGGCAGGGACGGCAUACCGUACUGCGAACGAGACUACCAAAAACAGUACGGCGUCAAGUGCGCCUAUUGCAACAGAUACAUCAGCGGAAAAGUUUUGCAGGCGGGCGAUAACCAUCAUUUCCACCCGACCUGCGCACGUUGUACAAAAUGCGGCGAUCCCUUUGGUGACGGCGAGGAGAUGUAUCUGCAAGGUGGCGCCAUCUGGCAUCCGAGAUGCGGACCCGGUCCAACUGAAAACGGGCAAGUUUUGAACGGUAGCGGACACGAGAAUGGACAUUUGACUGAUACCGACAUCUCUGUGAGAGACUACGACAGUUCUGCCGUCAGUGAGAUGCAGUUUUCCAUGCAUUCGCGAACACCUAGCUUGAAUGGUUCUCUUUGUAGCCCCACUAGCAUGUCCAGAAAGCAUUUCAGCUAUAGAACUUCCUCUCCUGGAUUGAUACUAAGGGAUGACAGAAGAUCCGCGAACUAUCAUGAUGCAGUUUCUAGGAUACACACUAUAAGUUACCUUACUGAAGAACCCACACUAGGAUACUUGAAGAAACCAAUAGACCCCUAUGAUAAGGUGCCUACAUCACCACACUUCCAUAGGCCAAGUUCUCAAAACUCGUUGAGGAGUAGCAUCGGAGCCGGCGGUAAAAGAUCCAGUUCUCGCUCGGCCAUGAAGGCCAUGGUGGAUUCCAUGAGGUCAGAAACUCCGAGGCCCAAAUCGCCCCAUAUGAACAAUGAGGAGCCCAUAGAGCUCUCGCAUUACCCUGCAGCGCACCCUCCGAAACCAGGCGAGCAAGCCAAAAUAGAACGUGACGAUUUUCCAGCACCCCCUUAUCCUUACACCGAUCCCGAGAGGAGGAAAAGAUGGUCAGGCUCUUACAAAGGUGUACAGGAUUCUGAUGAAGACGAGGUGGAUGCUGUUAACAGUAAAGAAGCAAUCGAUCCAAAGUUGAAGAAAGAAGAGGAAGAACUCAGCAAGAUAGCUAGUGGUAUGGGAAAAGUAUUUUUGAAGGAGGUACAGGAGAGGGAGAAGAUUAAAUUGUAUAAAGCUGCGCAUUUAGAUCCUAGGAAUGCUUCCAGAACACCGUCUGCAAAUAAGGAGCCAACCUAUAGAUUAAGGUACGAGAAUCCAAUUGGUGCUAGUCCUUCGAGGAAUAUGGACCAUCACAAACUGUAUGAGGAUGACGACUUUGAUAGGUCUUACAGUGGUCGAUCUUCAACUGGUGGUAGAUCUUCAACCAAUUAUAAUGUUGUCAGUGCUCUCCGUCAUGUACCAAAGCCAGGUUACGGUUUAGCCCCAAGAUCGCACACUUUCAGCUCAUCUGCGGGUAGCUACCCCCAAAUUCCAGGUGAUUACUCGUUUAGUGGAAUGGGCAUGAAAACACACAGUACCGACAGUUGUGGAAAAUCAGAUAUUUCCACUGGAUCCAUCACUGAUGUCGAAAGACGUGUUAUGAACACCGAAUCUCCCGCGUACGGACGCUACCCGGGAAGGUGCGGAUAUCAAGUGCGCAGAUCGUUACCCAACAUGGCCCACUCGAUGCUGAUAAACGAACCGGCGAAAAUUUACCCUUACCAUCUGCUUGUGAUCACUAACUACAGACUGCCAUCUGAUGUCGACAGGUGUAAUUUAGAGAGACAUCUGUCGGACGCCGAGUUUGAGGCGCUAUUCCAACUGUCGAGGACGGACUUCUACAGGCUGCCCCAGUGGCGACGGAACGAACUGAAAAGAAGGGCUAGAUUAUUUUAAGAUGCAUACCAUCACGCUUCUUCUAGAUUCAUAGGCCUCUACUAUAGUCUACAGCUUUCAGAGCUAUAUGUUCACGCUGAUAAAAUAGAAAACAAAAAAAAUCAUCAUUCACUCGGGUCAGAAGCAGCUAUAUGUGACUCAUCAGUUUUAAUGACGGAAGUUUUGUCGCUUGAUCUCAAAAUUGGAAGUAAUCAAAAGAAACUAUGAUUUUAGAAUACGUUUUGUAAAGUUUAUUCGCAUGAUUCAGAUCAGGGGACGAAACAAAAACACCAAGGCAAGCUAUAAUGGUAUCUAAACGAUACAUAGAGUAUAUUUUAGAUAUAUUAAUGUUGAUGAAGCAUUAGUCGGUAAAUUUUCUUAAUCUAGUUUUUGUCUGGUACUAUUUUAUUAUUACUAUAUAUGUAAUGUUGAUUGGAGAUAUUUUUAUACUCAUUUUUUUGCAGUAUACACUUAUUUAUAAUUGAGUGAUAUCGAAAGAGAUACUUUAUCCAAAUUGUAAUAUCUAGAUGAAACCUUUAAAAACUGAUAUUUUCAGCGAGUGAAACUCUAAACAGUCUUAACCCUAUUGAUAUCCCAGAGGUCUAAACAUUUUCAUAUUUAUUAUAUUUCAAGAGACAAAAUUUUUUCCAUUGUAGUGCAAUAUUGACCAAACAUUUUUCUAAAGGCAGAUGAAAAGGUUUUUGAUAUUUAUAUUGAAAAAAUAUAUCAAACUUUUCUUAGGUCUCAAAAUUUGAGUUUCCAGUUAAAACAAGUUUUUUGGUGCUGUACAGAAUUGUUCAUUCCAUAUCAAAACAGAAACUCAAGUUCUGAAGGUGUCUGUAUUGAUACUAGUAGAUUUUCUAUUAUUCAAGUUUGUACGAAAUAUUUCAUUGCUCUCCUAGUAUAAGUACUACUUGUAUCUAGCAAUAAGUGUAAAUUUUUUUUUGAAGUUCUGCCAUUGCAUUGCUUUCAUCGUACUUUUCGCUUCUGGGCUAGUCGAAGAAAAAACUGUAAAAGGUAACUGAUUUAGUAUUAUGGUGUAUAUUUAUGUUUAUACUGAUAAUAUAUCUUAAUAUAUUCAAAAAUUUUGUUUCUUAAUGGUCAGUGAAAUUUUUCCUCAGAUUUCAGAUAAAUAAAAAAGGUCCUCUUAACUGGAAUAAUAAACAGAAGUCUUUCGUUUACUUUGUAAGACACAUGAGGAAUCUUUGGAUGGAACUUCAUUGACCUUUUUGUUUUUUUAUGUUUUGUUUUGUGUCUGAGUUUACAGAAGACUUUCCUGAUGUCCUUAUUACUGUAAAUGAUAUUAAAUCUGUUAUACACAUACUUAUAUCAUUCUGAAUGCUACCUAAAAUCUUCAAAUUUGUCAAGCACUCCUUCAAUAAACAGAUAUUGAUUUCUA